UCUCGAACUCCAUAUUCAAACUCUCUCUCUCUCUCUCUCUCUUCUUUCUCUCUCUACGUUUCUCUCUGUGUGCCAUGCUAUGAAAUCUAGGUUCAAGCUUUGACUUUGUUGUGGAGUUUCUUGUUGUCGUUAAUGGCUUCUUCUAUAGCUAUACCGGAGCUCAAUUUUCUCUUCCCACAAUCGACGCCGAGGCGCUGUUUUUCUCUCUCUAGGAAUUCUAGGUCCCGGCUCACGCUAUAUAGGAAUCACGGCGGCGAUUUUCGUCUGAGGUCGGGGAUCAGAGCGGCUAAGGAAGACGGCGGCGUGGUGGUCGAGGAGAGAGAGAAGAGGUUGAUCGAGAGUGGUAAUGGAGCUGCGACUGCGAGCACCAGUGGUAACGGUUACGCUCUUGACGGUUCGGUGGAGGGGCACUCCAAUGGCGGCGUGAGUGUGGUAGAGACUGGGAACGGGGCGAGCAACGGAAGCUUGGCGAAGUACGUGAACGGAAAUGGCGUGGCGGCGGCGGAGGCGGAAGUGGUGGCGGAGGUGCGAGAUGUGGAGGUGAAGGAGGAAGGCAGGAAGAAGAGGAUUGAGGAAAUUGGGAAGGAAGACGCGUGGUUUAAGCAAAGUGGAUCACAAAAUGUCGAGGUUUCUGUUGCGCCUGGUGGCCGUUGGAGUAGAUUUAAAACUUACUCAACAAUCCAGAGGACCUUGGAAAUAUGGGGAUUUGUUUUAACAUUUAUCUUUAAGGCUUGGUUGAACAAUCGAAAAUUCACUUAUCGAGGGGGAAUGACAGAGAAGAAGAAAGUCUUAAGGCGAAAGGCUCUUGCCAAGUGGCUUAAGGAAAGUAUUUUAAGAUUAGGUCCGACAUUCAUCAAAAUUGGGCAGCAGUUCUCCACAAGGGUGGACAUUCUUGCACAAGAAUAUGUUGAUCAGUUGUCUGAACUUCAGGAUCAAGUUCCUCCUUUCCCAUCUGAGACGGCUGUUUCUAUUAUUGAAGAAGAGCUAGGAGCUCCUGUGAAUGAAAUUUUUGAUAAAUUUUACUAUGAACCAAUAGCUGCUGCUAGUCUUGGUCAGGUCCACCGCGCUAGACUGAAGGGAGAGGAAGUUGUUGUUAAAGUACAAAGGCCUGGUCUUAAGGGUCUUUUUGAUAUAGAUCUAAAAAAUCUGAGGGUAAUUGCAGAAUACCUCCAAAAGAUUGAUCCAAAAUCAGAUGGUGCAAAGAGGGAUUGGGUUGCUAUAUAUGAUGAGUGUGCCUCGGUUUUGUACCAGGAGAUUGAUUACAACAAGGAAGCUGCCAAUGCAGAACUAUUUGCAAGCAACUUCAAGAAUAUGGAUUAUGUAAAAGUCCCAGAAAUAUUGUGGGAGUACACCACACCACAGGUUCUGACAAUGGAGUAUGUCCCAGGGAUAAAAAUAAAUAAGAUCCAAGCUUUAGAUCAGUUGGGUGUUGAUCGGAAAAGGUUGGGUCGAUAUGCUGUUGAAUCUUACUUGGAACAAAUCCUAUCUCACGGUUUUUUCCAUGCUGACCCUCAUCCUGGGAAUAUUGCUGUUGAUGAUGUCAAUGGUGGAAGGUUGAUCUUUUAUGAUUUUGGGAUGAUGGGAAGUAUCAGUCCAAACAUCAGAGAAGGUUUGUUGGAAGUAUUCUAUGGAGUUUAUGAGAAGGAUCCAGAUAAGGUCCUCCAGGCAAUGAUACAAAUGGGCGUUCUUGUGCCAACUGGAGAUAUGACAGCUGUCAGACGAACAGCACUAUUCUUCCUUAAUAGUUUUGAAGAGCGUCUUGCUGCACAGAGAGAAGAGCGGGAAAUGGCAACAACUGAACUUGGAUUUAAAAGGCCAUUGACUAAGGAGGAAAAGACAAUGAAGAAAAAAGAACGUUUAGCUGCAAUUGGGGAAGAUUUAUUAGCAAUUGCAGCAGAUCAGCCCUUCCGAUUUCCUGCUACUUUCACGUUCGUUGUCCGAGCAUUUUCAGUAUUGGAUGGCAUUGGGAAGGGUCUUGAUCCUAGAUUUGAUAUUACUGAGAUUGCCAAACCCUAUGCACUGGAAUUGCUAAAGUUUCGGGAAGCUGGAAUCGAAGUUAUAUUAAAGGACGUAAGGAAAAGAUGGGAUAGGCAGUCUCAAGCAUUUUACAACUUAUUUAGACAGGCGGAUAGAGUUGCAAAGCUGGCUGAAAUUAUCCAAAGACUGGAGCAAGGUGAUCUCAAGCUUAGAGUUCGGGCACUGGAAUCUGAGAGGGCAUUUCAGCGUGUCGCAACUGUUCAGAAGACCAUUGGGAAUGCAGUGGCUGCUGGAAGCCUAGUAAACCUCGCAACAAUUUUGUAUAUCAAUUCCAUACGAGUCCCUGCCAUUGGCGCUUAUACCAUUUGCGCAUUUUUUGGUUUUCAAGUUCUCAUCGGCCUUAUAAAGGUUAAGAAGUUGGAUGAGCGGGAAAGAUUAAUAACAGGAACUGCGUAAUUGUCAAUUGGGACCAUCUCAGAUUACAAGUGGAUAUUCAGCUUGCAAUGACAAGUUAACCACUUAACUAUCCAAAUAAAGUGAGACACUGAAAACACUCUUGUCACGGUUCCUUAUUUAUAAAUUAUGCUCCAGAACUUGCACCUCGCCAGUUUGCAAUGAAGAUGUCCGACACUGAAGCACCUGGCAGUUCUUCCAAAACUCGCACUUUUGAAACUUUUAGGUGUAAAUUUCACCUUGCCACUAGGUAUAGUUUAGGCGUCAUCCCAUAACAUUUUGUUGUAGCUCCCCAAUAAAUGUCUGUUUCUUCAAUAUGCACCUCAUUAGCAGGCUGAUUAAUGUCGCGUUUGGCAGCUUGUAGUUUGUGGGCAUUGCUGUAGAGCUAUUUUUGUAACUAUUCUCUAGCUGUGGGACUGCGUCAUGUGGCCUUUCCCAUCAUAAUUUAGAACGGUGGGGUCUUCUCUAUAAUAUUCUUUUUUUUUUUUGUGGAAAAGGAUUUAGUAAUAUUCUCGUGUAUCGCUGUAACAUAUAUAGAGUUUUGAAUUUCGAUAAAACAAUGCUGGUGAAUAAUACCAUCUAAGCCAAGUUUGAUACUGAAACAUUUCAUUGCUUCCUUCAAAGUCACCUUCAAACUUUGUCUU